GAAUUAAAAAAAAAUUAAACGCGCGCGCGCCAGCUGUACACAAACAUUAACAUGGGUAACGGUGAGUCUGUGGUAUACAAGUAUCCGUCCGAAAUCCGAUUCACCCACGACAGCAUCCAAUCCAAUUUCCGCGAUGGACACUCCAUCCCAGAAACAUUUCGACAAAUUCUGAUGAAAAAGAUUGCUGUGGAAAGUUUGCCUUUAAUGGAAGUCAUGAAACACGAGGGCGAAUGGUUCGUUGUACGGGGAAAUAGGAGGCUGUUCUUGUUUCAAGAGUUAGAGAGAAAAGGUUAUUUGAAACAAGUGAGCGUGCAGACAAGAAAUUUUAAUUCUGACCUGUUUUACAAGCAAUACACCUCUCCAAAUAGGGGGAAAAGUGUCAGAAUCAGGGGGUACGGUCAGGAUUCAGUGAGAACAGAAUUGGACAAAAUAUGGGCGGAGUAUCAGAGUUCUUAUUGUACAAUUCUGUGAGAGGAGGAGGAGGAGGAAGCAGAAGCAUUGUCUCAAAAUUUACAUGGUUGAUUCUUCAAGUAAAGCCACUGGACUUAUACCUUCGCUCCCUUGUAAGACAUGAUAAACAUUAGAGGUAGUUGCUUCCUCACCAGUUAAGGUUUCUCUACU